ACAGGAAGUGAUGUCAUCUAUCAGCCCAUCCCCCUCUGUUGUGCUCUAGUGCAGCCUGGUACUUCCAUUCAGUGUUUACAGGGAGAAGCCAGCAUGAGUUUUGUGGCCAGAAGAAAAGCUCGGGCUGCCUUGGCUAUAGCCAUGGUGAACUGUUACAGAAAGCUGAAGAAGCACAAAAGGCACAGGGCCUUCUGGACCAAAGACUACCUAGCUACCCGGGACUCCAUGCCACAGACGUCCAUCCUGCCGGAGAUCCGGGAGAACGAUCCCGACGACUUUAGGAACCUGCUGAAGAUGUCAGACGAGAACUUCAAUUACCUGCUGCGCAAAGUCACUCCGCUCAUCCAGAAACAGGAUACCUGCAUGAGGAAGUCUAUCUCGGCCGAGCAGAGGCUGGUGGCAACUCUGCGUUUCCUGGCCACCGGCAGGUCGCUGGAGGACCUCAAAUUCUCCACGGCUAUUUCCCCACAGGCGCUGGGCGUCCUAAUUCCAGAAACGUGCCAUGCCAUCAUCCAGGUGCUAAAGGGAAAAUACUUCAGGUUUCCUACCACUUCUGAAGACUGGCAAAUAAUUUCUAGCCAGUUUGAAGAAAUGUGGAACUUUCCAAAUUGCGGUGGAGCGAUAGAUGGUAGGCACGUGCGCAUCAACCCGCCUCAUCACAGUGGAUCACUCUACUACAAUUACAAAGGGUUUUUCAGCAUCAUAAUCAUAGCCAUCAUCAAUGCCAACUGUGAGUUCAUAAUGGUCGAUGUCGGCAAAAACGGGAAGUUCUCAGAUGGUUCAGUCAUCGAGCAAACGCAUUUUUAUGAAAAGCUGAAGGAUAACCAGUUGAAAUUGCCGGAAAAUCAUGAAACAAAAGAGGGCCUUAAUUUUUCUUUUGUGACAGAUGAGGCCUUUACCUUACAUGACAACAUUCUAAGGCCUUAUUCACAGGAAGCUUUAACCAAAGAACGAAAGGUCUUCAAUUACCGCUUGGCCAGAGCAAGACGUGUGGCAGAAAACGCAUUUGGUCUGCUUGCAAACCGCUUCAGGAUCUUCCGCACAACCAUCAACUUAUCGCCGCAUAAAAUUGAAUUGGUUGUAAUGGCUUGUUGCCUUCUCCACAAUUUUCUACGACGGAGCAACACUGAUGAAUAUUCCCCUUUCGACUUGCUGGACCGAGAAAUCAUAGAAGACUCAACAUUCAUUCCUGGUGACUGGCGGACUGAAAGUGCGGGACUUGUGUCAUUGCAGUAUAUGCAGACACAGAAACCUGAGGCCAAUGCCAAACUCAACAGACUAAAGUAUUUGGAGUAUUUCAAUGGACCCGGAGCUGUGGAAUGGCAGGAUGCCAUGGCAAUAAAUGAUUAUAAUAUUGAGUUUGAAACCUUUGACGUGUGAGACUGUCCAAUUCAGUGUUUUUGCAGGGAGUGACAGGUCUUUGAAAAGGGGGCCUUGUAAGCAAAGGUCCACUUAUUUACUAAAUGCUAAAAUUUUGCAGAAAAGUACAAAAAGACUGUAGGUAAGUUAUUUAAUAUACUUGCCUUAUGCCUAGCUUACAUACUGCAGGGGGUGACAUCAACAUCUUUCUUGCAAGAUCCUGGGGAAUUUUAAGUUGCUCAAAUUUUGUGAAAAGAUGCUCCAACACUUUGCUGGAGUGUCAUCUGGCAAGAUUUGGGAUAUUUUACAUUUCCAAGGAUCUCAUUGGAAGUAUGGUGAUGUCACCCUUGCUCUAGUGCCAUGGGUGGAAGCUGGAGGAAAGGCCUUUUUUUUUUUUUUUUUUUUUUUUUUUUUUUAUAUCCUACGAUGGAACAGGGGUUAGUAGAAAAUAAAUGAUAGCAUUAUGAGUUAGCCAUCGCCGACUUCCCUCCGACUUCCUGGCUGUUAUGCUGGCUACACUGGCAUUACAAUUUGCAGUCACUGACCUGGAACAAGUAUACAGGCCUGGGAAGUUGGUAUAAAAUCCUGUUUAAAUGCUUGAUUAAGAUCAGUGUUUUACAUUUUUGAAGCCAGAGGUAGCAUGAUGGCCAAACAACAAGGAUUGUUAGAAUAUGAAGUCAUUGAUGGCAGGCAGCCUCCACGUUCCUUUCAUGGUGGAUGGAUGAAUCAGAUUUUCCAAUCUCCAAUAUCUUCAUUUUUUUUUUUUUUU